AUGAUCGUUCCUGUCGGACGCCCAAGUUCUUUACGUUUCAUCGGCCGUCAACUCUAUCCAACUCAUCUUCGUUUUUCGUGUGAUUACACUCACCAGAUUGAACCCAACUAUACCCAUCUUGCCGGUCUGCUGAUCUUGUUUCGAAACAAGCGGACUUCUGCAAAAAGACUUAAACCCCCACCCGCGAACGAUGCUGUCAUUUCCGCAAAGUUUAAAUAUGACUGGGUCGACUUUUCGUUCAAGCUCACUCCAAUUCCAGGCUCGUUCGCAUCCGAUCGUCGCCUAUCUGCGAUUCAGGCAGAUGCCAUUGCCGAAUAUGACCCCAUCAAGAGAAUUCAUGUCACAGCCAUAUGGGACGACUUCCCUGUGAGCGCGCUGCAACGCAAUGCCGUGCUGGCUGGUAUGCCUGCGUCGACUGCUUCACGUCUCCGCUUGGCCCUGUCAAGUGACUUGUUGGAAGCCAUGGCGAGCACUCAGAUACCAUCCGCGAGAAUUCAUCUUACGAACCCGGCAUUGAAACUGCUGAAGUACGCCCAGAGUGCCGCAAUCGCUUCCGACAGCCGCCAUCCCGCUGCCCCUCGCCCUGUUGUGGAUGUACGGAAGAAGAUACCAUCGAUGACGUCGGGAUCGAGGGGUGUAGCGGCCGGUGCUGACACGGCGCAGGAUGGAAGAUCACAACGGAAGGGGUCAGAGCGCGAAAGUCUGUCCGCAUUAGAUACCUUCUUCACUGAGGUCGGGGAGUACGUUGCGGCUGCAGCGGUACAGGAUGAUACAAUCGAUGAGCAGUUUGUCACCUCUGCGGUGGCCUCUCUUUUUGAAAUGAACCUUGGACAUGGAAUUAUGGCGGAUGUAGUUGACGCAAUUGGGCCGAAUGCGGCGGAAACAACAGUCCUAGAAAGGCUUGCACGGUUAUUAGCUGCUUCAGAGACCUUGAACGCAACACAAAAGCUCUGGAACCUGUUUUUGGAUGGAGUGGAGGUGCAUUGGGAGCAGGGAUGGGUCGUUGGCGGUGUUCCAUUCAACUUAGAGAACGGCCCAGAUCACAACGCCAGUUUGGUGAUACAGAAGCUGCAAAUGAUUAAUUGCUGUAUAGAGAGGCGGCGGCAUGAAGCGCUUCGGGCCUCGGCGACUCUACAAGGAGAUGCUGGUCAAGAUCGAGGCCGAAAGAAUCUUCUCAAAGGUAUCGCUUUAGUAGCAGAGCAGGUUUGCACUAGCGAAGGUAGUGAGAGCAAUAGUGAUCAGGUUUGGGAGCCGUAUGUCCAGCCAGGGCCUUUCAUGACAAGGGAUAUGGUUGAGGAAGAACAGCAGAGAAUGGUUCGCCGGGCAGAGGCAAAAGAUACAGAUGACGAAAGCGAAGUUCGGAGGCAAUCUCUAACUUUGAAGAGUGACAUGAUGGCUUUUAAAGCUGCUAAUCCGAAUGCUACCAUGGCUGAUUUUGUGCGAUGGUUUUCCCCAGCUGACUGGAUCACCGCAGAGGAACUAGAGCAACAGGUCUCAAGUAGCCAAGCAGGCACCAUCCCAGACGAAGGACUAUCCCCAGAAACAAAUCAAACAGUAGUGACAUCAAUGGAUGCGACUGGUGCAUCCAAGGACGAGGGCGAAGGUGCAUCGCUGCACUUUGCAAACCGAGACGGUGCUCCUGCUCCAGAAGCGCUGGCCAAACAAUCAAAACGGCAAGGACGUUUGAGCGCGCGCAUGAGCUGUAAAGGAAAUGUAUGGGAAGAGCUCUGGAACGAAGCAGAUGAUAUCCCCGCGGCGAAGCAAGUGCCUCUUUUUGAUGCAAGCGCUCACGGGAGCAAGGCUUUAGGGGAUUUACGUGCUAUGCCGCUGUCGCAAGUGUUGAUGCAUUUGGCGGUCCUUCAAGGAAGUGGAGCUGCGAUGCUACUGCAUACGGCAUUUUGCAGAAACCCGGCAUUGCCCGGUGUGCGAGGUGAAAUCGAGCGAGCUAAGCAAAUGAUGCGCAACUUGAGUUGUUCACUACCAAUUGAUGAGGCCGAUGUGACACAACUAGGGCAUGUAGCUGAGGCACUCGAUCGGGUCGGAGUUGCGGAGCACGCAGCCCUGGUGGCGACAUCGGUGUUUACGAAACUCCCCCCAGUUGAGGGACUGGGUCACAUCGUGGACAGCCUUGCGUGUGGGCAAACUGCUGAAGUGAGUGAAGAGCGAGAGCGGGAAUUAAUCACUCGGAUGGCCGGUCUUGGGGACGGGGGCUGGAGAAGCAUCUUGCUGCCCGAACAGCGCGAGUUUGUGAUCAUGGGGCGAAGCGAGGACAUUAAUCUUGGGGGUUUGAAGGACCGGAUGUAUGCGCGGUUGAGUCGAGACGAAUUCCGAGUUGGUUUUCGACUUGGUAUUGAUUAUUCUGUGUAGCGGAAGAUUGCAGUGUUGGUUUCUCGGGUCUUCAACGAGGUGUCAAGCAACGAUCUCGUGGCCGAAGCCCGCUGCGGGGGCGGCCCCGACGAGACCAGACGUGGAAUGCACCCCGGAAGUAGAUUAUAUAUACACGGUAAACGGGAUGUACCGACGUCAGCAUGCAUCCAUCUUGCACAUU